CCGGUCCUACAGCGCUCUAGGGUGAUAUUUCUAUGCAGAACUUAUUGCAUACCAAGAUUAUUUCCCCUCACCAUCAUUGUCGUGGUACGGGAUCCGAUCACAUCAUCACCACCCAUCAUUGCGUCUUCUGCAUCCCACCACCAAGGAAUUGGCAGAUUGAACGGCUGUCGCGGCAUCUCUCGCCUGUACCCCUCUUUUCUGUUGAGUAUGCUCUUCUCGAUGACUUCUUAUCUCCGCUUAUCCCAGUGGACAAGCCUGGCCAUCCAUUAACGGGGUCCCCGGAGAGCAUCAUCCCGGGAUUCGAUGGCCUCAUCCCCUCUUCAUAAUUAUUGAUAAGCAACAGACGUACCACACGUUGCUGCAGGUUCCUCCUGGCUUGGAACUAGGUUAUCGCUAGUAGCUCGGUUCGAGCUGUCUCAGAUAUGACAGGCUAUGCCCAAUCCUCGACUGGUAGCGUCGCUAUUACACC